AUGACUGAUGCAACCGUGGACACAGCAGCCGUGACCACCUCCACAAGCCCUGCAGAGGAAAGACAGUUUUCAGGGAAUUUUACUACCAUCUACCUAGCAGCUGACAUUGUGAGUGUGACUCAAGAAAAUAGUGAUUUCAGGAUGUUGAUUCGUGAUGUGAAGUUUUUUAAGAAUUACACACUCAUGAGCAUGACUUUCUAUGUCAGGAAAAAUGGCAAGUGUCAGCUACACACUGUUUGGGCAGACAAAUCUUCAUUUCAGUUUUGCUUUAGGCUAUCAUUUUCUGACUCUUCAAACUGCAUCAAAAUGAGUAAGACUGGGUUCAUCAUCGGGACCUGGGUGUUGCGCAAUGCCAAUCGUCAUUUCCCCCACAUCUACUCCUACCCUCCAGUCUUUGGGGGCUUACCCAGACCAACAGGAACAAAUCUCACUGAAGAAAUGUGGAAAGACUAUGUGAACCUGACACAAUACUAUGAAAUCCCUAUCAGAAAUAUUAAAAAUAUCUAUGAAGAAGAUGCUUGCCCUAAAUGGGAGCCUCGAUGA